UCUACUGUGAACUUUGACCCCGUUUCUGCUGUGUUCUGUGCGCUGACUGAGUCGUUUAUAAUGUCUAUCCGUGUGUUAGAACUAAUCUUUUUCUUCUAUUUCGCCACUCAUAUUCCCAUCACAUUAUUUAUUGACUUACAAGCCCUGCUACCUGAACACGUGUACCCCCAGCCGCUGAAAGACCUCCUGAAAUGGUACGCUGCGGACUUCAGAGACCCGAUGGUGCUGGAUCCCCCGGAGUGGUUCAAGUCGUUUGUUUUCUGCGAGGCUUUGCUUCAAACGCCGUUUUUCCCCGUUGCAGCGUAUGCUUUUCUGAAAGGGGGCUGUAAGUGGAUCCGGACUCCUGCCAUUGUGUAUUCCACACACGUCGCCACCACAUUGAUUCCAAUCCUCGCCCACAUCCUCCUCUAUCAGUUCCCUCUGAAGCCCCAUCCUGGUCCUCAAACUGUCCAGGAGCGCUGGCUGCUAGUCUCCAUAUAUGCACCGUACCUGUUGGUGCCUUUGCUGCUCCUCCUCACCAUGCUGAUGUCCUCCACAUACAACCCCACCUCCAAGUCUGGGAGCAUGCCAGCCAAAGCCAAGAAGAAGAACUGAAAUAUCAUCUAAUUUACUGUGAUUUUCUGACAUCUUUUUCUACAUCCCUGAAUGUAUGAACAUGCAUGUGAAAGGCUGUGUGAGUCAGGCUGUUUGCUGCCAUUGUUGAACCAUCCAAAAUUUGUUGCUCUUUUAAAUAAAAUCCAUCUUGUUCUA